AUGAAAACAAAACAUUCACAAUUUCUAGUUCUGCUUGUUCCAUGGCGUCCUCACCUUCUACAACGCUUUUGUCGAAUUCACUUCACUUUAACCAAAUUGCAAAUCAGUGUAAACUACAUGCAUAUUCCACCCUUUCACUAAACCAAAACAAUAUUCCAAUAUAUUCUAACAAUCAACUCAAACUUUCAACCACCCUGCAUCAUGUAUCCACCACCAUACCCUUUGCUUCUGGUUCUGCAGGAGUUGAGUCUCCUGUGAUGAGUGAGGAUACCUCAAGUUCACUGGAUUUGGUGAAGGUGUUUGAUUUGGAAGGAAAUGGGAUUCCAAUUUCUGACUUGUGGAAAGAUAGGAAAGCCGUUGUUGCAUUUGCUCGUCAUUUUGGGUGUGUGCUUUGCCGCAAAAGGGCCAACUAUCUUGCAUCCAAGAAGGAUAUAAUGGAUGCAUCUGGUGUGGCACUUGUAUUGAUUGGACCUGGUAGCAUUGAUCAGGCCAAAUCCUUUGCUGAGCAAACAAAAUUCAAAGGAGAAAUAUAUGCAGACCCUGCUCAAUCUUCAUAUGAAGCUUUAAGAUUUGUUUCUGGAGUCCUAACCACAUUUACCCCCAAAGCAGGUCUUAAGAUAAUAGAAUUAUACAUGGAAGGUUAUCGACAAGAUUGGAAACUUUCAUUUCAAAAGGAUACUGUUUCCAAAGGAGGCUGGCAACAAGGAGGAAUUAUAGUUGCAGGUCCUGGUAAAGGUAACAUCUCAUAUAUUCACAAGGACAAAGAAGCAGGGGAUGACCCAGAAAUUGAAGAUAUCUUAAAAGCAUGUUGCUCGUGAAUAAAGAAGAGACGGAGCCUCUCUUUUCCUGCUUCAUCAAGUGUGAUACCAUCUCAUCAUAGAGCACUGUACAUCAUAUUUAGCUGCUUCUUAGGCUGAACAGUAGCUUUGCCUUGAGGCUCAAUUAUUAAGAGAUAAUUAAUUUAUAACCUGACAUUUGCCAAAUGACAAGCUCACAAUAUGGAACCUAUUCCACUAUUGUUUAAUUCAAAAUCUUGUAUAUAAUAAUAUUUUUCAAUUUCCGGUGGAAUGUGCUGUACUUCUAAAAGAAAUUGUUCAAUAACUUGACGUUCAAAAAUUAUGUUAAGCGCCUAUAUCUGUUCA